AUGAUUUUUGAUUCAACGAUCGACUGUUUGUUAGUUUAUAUGGAAGAAGAUCCUACAACGCGUAGGACAAUCUCUGAACCAAGUGAGAUUAAUAAUACAACGGCCGAUAAUAAUAAUUCAAGUAGUCAUUUACAAAGAAGUAAUAGUAGUCAUGCUGCAGCACCAGAUGCAUCUCCCUCUUCCCCUUCCUCUUCCUCCUCCUCCUCUUCCUCUUCACCCCCAUCCUAUUCAAAUGAUUCAACAUCUUUAGAUACAGCCUCUGCAACACCACAAACACCAGAGACUACACGAAUCAAUACAAUGAACAAUAGUAGUUCCGAUCUUUCACUAUCACCUCUUUGCUCACCUGCCAACUCAUCACCAUCGAUUCAACCCAAGAAAAAGACAAUCGACGACUUUGUCAUUGGAAAGGUACUCGGUGAAGGUUCGUACGGUGCAGUUGUCCAUGGCACAGACAGAGACACCAAAAAUGAAUAUGCAAUUAAAAUACUCGAAAAGAAGCAUAUCAUCAAAGAAAACAAAAUCAAAUAUGUACAAAUAGAAAAGGAAAUCCUAUGUAAAGCAAAUCAUCCAAAUAUCUGUAAACUAUUCUUUACUUUUAGAUCUGAAGCUUGUUUAUAUUAUGUAUUAGAAUUAUGUUCACAAGGUGAUUUAUUACAUCACAUUAAACCUGUUGGUUCAUUUAGUGAUGAAUGUACAAAGUUUUAUAUGGCACAGAUUAUUAGUGCACUCGAACAUCUUCACAACCUUGGUGUCAUUCAUAGAGAUCUUAAACCUGAAAAUAUCCUCUUGUCUUCAGACAUGCAUGUAAAGAUUACCGACUUUGGUACUGGAAAAAUAUUAACACCCGAACAACAACAACAACAACAAAAUGGAACUGAUCAACAAAACACUACAAGUACUAGUGGCAGCAGCAGCAGCGGCAGCGGCAUGACAAGAUCAAAUUCAUUUGUUGGUACUGCAGAAUACGUGUCGCCCGAGUUGAUUAGCAACAAAGAGACAUCGACAGAUUCUGAUUUAUGGGCAUUGGGAUGUAUCGUGUAUCAGCUGAGUACUGGUAAACUGCCAUUCCGAGGCAAGACAGAGUUUUUGACAUUCCAAAAGGUAUCGAAUCGCGAGUUGGUCUAUCCUACCAACCUCAACCCACUCAUUCAAGAUUUGAUCGAGAAAUUGCUCGUGCUCAAACCAUCGGACCGUCUCGGUUCGAGAAGUGGUGGUGCUGGAAACGACUCGUUCAAACCACUCAAGGCACACCCCUUUUUCCAAGGUGUCGAUUGGGACAAUCUGCACAAGCAGACACCACCAACGAUUGUUGGGCCUGCUGAACGCAUUCAUUUCGAAGAGACGUCUACUGGCGAUCUCUCAAGCUCCAUCUCCAACGCCAAUGCCCUCUCUUCCUCUCAAUCAUCUACUCCUAGAUCUGCAAACAACAAUAAUAACAUCAACGUCUCAACACCCGAACUUGGGUCGGUCAGCGCAACCGAACAAAAGAAAUGGGUACAAUUCCUCAAAGAUGGAGAAUCUAUUAUUGAAUGUGGUUUGGUUUGGAAAAAGAAGGGUUUCUCUAUUAAAAAGCGUCAAUUAAUCCUCACAUCGCAACCUCGUCUCAUCUAUGUCGAUCCAAAGAAAAUGGAACUCAAAGGUGAAAUCCCUUGGUCACCAACCCUCAAACCAGAAACAAAAUCAAAUUCAAACUUUGUCAUUCAAACUCCAAAGAGAAAAUACAUGUUGGAAGAUGUUGAUCAUAAUCCUCAAAAAUGGAUUGACGCAAUUAAUGAUACUUUAUCUCAUUUUAAAUUAGAUCAAUAA